UCAACGGCGCUGGCCGCUGAGGAACCAGCCAAUCAAGUAGCUCAAUUACCGUCGUCGUCGUCCGGUCGGCAGCUGAAAGAAGAUACCGGUGGGAUCGGAGCCGAUCAGGAUACAUCCGGAAAUCGAUCCCAACAGCCGAGUCGAUCGAUCUCCCGUGAUUUAUUUGCCGGUGCUGCAAGUGCGGUCGAGGAGGUUGAUACGGACAUUCAUGCGGGCUUCCGCCAAAUAGAUGCUGGUACGAAAGUUAGCACUAACAACGUCGCAAUCUUACCACGAAGGGUUGACCUCAUUUCUGCCGAUCAGACUGCUAACAAUGAACGUCGCAGUUAUGAGAGGAGUGAAAACGAAAAAUUCACACCUACUACCAUCGCUGAUGCACCAUUUAGCCCGAUUCCAAGCUCUCGGAUUAGUUCUGUCGGGAAAAAAGAAGAAGAUGCCGUGAGCAGUAGCGGUACCCCCAUUAGAGGUCACGCUGGCAAGUCAAUGGUACACCAGCUGAAUACCAGCACUCCGAUCGUCAACUCGAGCCAACGCUCCGGUAGAGGGUCUCGAAACUCGGCUUGGAAUCAGGAUUGCACAUCGACACCGAACAGCCAAAAGGCGACGCCAGGUAACGGUUCUCGCCAUGACUCACGUCGCAGUCACGAUCGAUCCUUUGGCAACAACAACAACAACAGCAGCACCGUCAGCCGGCAUACCAGCUCACCUUGUCUGGGUGAUUUCAUCAUACACUCCUCUAUGAAAUCUAAGCAGCGAAAAUCCGCUACUUAUGCCGGCGCCAGUGCGAAUAACAGUAAAGAUAGUAGCAGCAAGGCUAACUCACUUUUCUUGGCGGACGACUUUCCGGGACUGCAAACCUCGAUGCAGUCGUCGACCCCCGGAAACGAACAACCGCAGCGAAGCAAGAAACGUGUUACGCCUAUCACGGUCAGUAAAACACUCACCAGUCGACUAGCGACUGGCGGUUCCAGCUUCGAACUGGACAACUCGACAAGUCCAACUGUUGCCGAGGGAAAGGCAAAACGUCGAGUCACACCGACUAUUGUCAGCAAGUCAUUUUCUAAUAAGCACGACUUUACCAGUUCCUCUUUUAAAUCGGAUAAUAAUCUCAUAGAUUUAACGGAAGACAGUUUAGAGUUGGAUCUGUCACAAAAGGACGAACGUGGACUGCUACGGAAUUACAAGGAUAUAAUCAAAAGCAGUUUUGAUGCUGUCGAGGAACAGCACCGGGACACGAGCAAAAUGCUCCAAACAGCGCUCCGAAAUACAAUUGUUACACCCAGAAAGCUGUCGGAAGGAAGCGGCACAGCAGCUGCACAACCGGUUCACAUCGAACUGGAUCGAGUAACGGAACGUGCACUGAUCGAUCGUUUAGUAGACGUAUAUACGGUUUUAAUUGACCUCAAUAUGACUCCCAAUAUCCUAUCUGAGUUAGCAUACCUAAUUAAUUUGAUUAAUACUGAAUUUGAGCCAACGGAAAGUGCGGCAGCACAGGAAGAAAUUGAUCAAACUAGACCAAUUUUCCUAGCAGGUACGAUCCUGAAAAAUCUAAACAAUUGUGUAUUUUUUGCUUUGCAAGCAUUACACCGGCAGCGCACUCUACUGGGUCUCCUGGACAGCGUUACGUUAAAGGUGUUGAUAGAGAACGAACGCAUUGCAAGCCUCGAUCAACCGCUUAGUAGUUAUCUGCGAGAAAUUCACGCACAGAAACUGCAGCUUGAUAACGACGUGCACAAACUGCUGGAUGUAUCGUCCUUCAAUUUCGCCAACAGUGCAACCGGAGGAAUCAAUGUAUUUUAUCAGCAGGAAGCGGACACAAGGGAACACUUUCCCUCCGAUAGAGAAUUCGGUGCCUUCAAGAAACAGCGAGAUGCUUUCUGUACGGUCUAUAGGUCGUGGGAUAUUAAGCACCUGAAUCCCACCUGGAACUUUCUAGCAGAGCUCGGCGGGAAAAUUCGCUCCCUGCUGGCCAUCAUGGAGCAUCCGAUCAACAUGGCACACCUGGCGAAGCUCUUCACGGCACAGCUGGUGCAAUCGUGUAACUUUGAUACCUCAGCCUCGGAGCUGGCAAUGGCACUGCCGAACGUGGACCCGGCCAAACUGGUGAAGCUGCGACAACGGCUGGUCGCACCCAGUCAGUUUUCCACCCAAUAUUUGUUUCCGGGCAGUCAGGCGUUCUUCCGCGAUUUCAUCAUCGCCAGCGAGACCAAUCAAAUAUUCAUGGAGCAGCUGAAGGCAGUGCUGAUUCACGAGCUGCUCGAGAUGAAUGGUUCCUCGUACGAGGUGCUAAAUGUUACCGGCUCCGAAAAUCAGCACGACUGCGAGUAUGUGGUCCGGCCAGAAUCGACGACAACAAUGCGUGUCCUGGCGAAAUUUAUCGGAUAUAUCAUCUCAAGGCCAUUCAACUGCGAUAGCUACAGGAACAGUACAGUGGAAAAUCGCCAAAUAGAGCUCCGUAAUGCGCUUCUCCCCUUGUUUGACGUGAAAUCGAUUCUGCUAAAAGCCAUAGCGGAACGAAAGCUUAUCAUCACGGUGCCUUGGAUGGUUCAAUAUUUGGCCAUGCUGGAUGCAAUCACCCUCCGGUUAAGUUACUACAAGGAAUUGUUCGAUGUUCUGUAUGAGCUGUACCUGAGGACCACCGCAUUCGACAGUUGGUCUGAGCGAAAGCUUUUAGUUACCCCCACUUCAAAAUUUAUCCUAAGAGCAUGCCUUGGUUGGCUAUUUGAACAUCCGAAUAUCCCCGAAGAAUACUAUAGCUAUCGGCAGGAGCGCCGCUCUCUGUUGUUGGUUGAUGAAGGCCUGCACAAUUACAAAAAAAUAAAAGUUCUUGUGGACAAAACUGUUUGUGAAGAAAUUGAAACCACAGGUCCUCUAAUCCUAACAAAAAUUGAUGAACGCUUACAAGGAACGUGGAAAUGUGAAAUAAAGCCUUCAAAGCAACAAGCUACUGGAACUCUACUAAAAACUGGUUUGAUUGCUACCGGAAACGAUGCUAUUGUGCUAAAUCCGUUUCUUGAAACCAUCCUCAACGCUGCCUGUCCAUUCCUAGCCGAUUUCCGCGUUUCUAUGAUGCCCAGCAAAAUGGAGAAAACCGUCUCUCGUUCGGGACGAUACCGACAUAUCACAACCAAAUACUCUGGAACCUCAACCAUAGCCAGCGAUGGCAACAACAGCCAGAAGCCAACCAACGACCAGCACCGGCUGGUUGAAGCCUUUCUGCGCUCACAAAGUCUGUCGGUUCGUCGAACCGUGGAGUUUGUCAUCGAACGAGCUUCAUCCGCUGCCAUAAAGGACUUUCAAAUUACGCAUCUUUUGCCGCUGAGAAAACGCACAUCCGACCGAAUCAGCUCCGUCCAGGCGGACUCUGUGUCCCACGCCACGAAAGAGAUUUACAAGAUUUGUUCGACGGCACUGGCCAACAUUAAUGCCAGCUGGGAGACGCACAUCGUCUUGAUGUUGGCAAGGCGAAUUCAGGAAGCAUUUGAUGCAUUGCUCCCCUGCGAAACUCUGGUACCAGUGAAGCAAACUUGUAUAAAUCUUACACUGGAGCGGUGCCUCGCCAAGACGAACGAAUGGCGCCAAACGCAUAUGUUCGAGAUAGACCUAUUCUGCAAAGACAUCCCGAGCGAAGCCGCUAGGAUUGCGAAGGAUGCCUCGAAUACCAAGCAGCCAUCUCCUGUGACAAACCUGACCGUUCUACUGGACCGUGUACAUCACACACUGGUGUACGACAAGCUUCAAUCUACCAUCCACCUGGCGGCCUCAUAUCCGGAAGAAUUAAAGCCGGACGAAUUAGCACAGUUUCUAGCGCUAACGUUGCGCUACCUGGACGAGCAGGAAGCAACGACUGCGAUGAACAAAAUGCUAGCGUAUAUGGUGUUGCAGUUGGCCCUACUGCUAGUGAUCAACCGAUGUGAUUUAAUAGUACCUGACGUAAUACAAAGUUUCACAACCGUGUGGAGACACCGGAAAUUGAGUGAGUUCUGUACGAUUCCCGAUGAUUCCGAGGCAAGCAAUCUGGAGGAUGAGUUGGAGAAGCUUAUUAGUGAAAAUGCCACCGAGGACGGUGAAAGGCCAAUUGUUGACGAAGAGGACAUUCGGCGUAUCAGAUUAAAGAAACAACAGGAAGGAAGUAACUACAUCUUCUCGACGCUGGUCAGCAAUCGCUGCAUCCGAAUGAUGGCGGCCAGCCACCGAGCCACGGCAGAGCAAGUGUUCGCCUGCUUUGCUAAUUUCAUCAACAGUCUGGUGGACUGUAAUCUGAUCAGCAUCCGGCGCUUGAACGAGCAGUUUGUGCAGAUUUUCAGCGAGGACUGGCAGCAGCAAACACUUGAACACGUUUCGCGCCUAAUGGAUACCGUGCUGCGGGGUGGCACCGGCACCGGUGGACCCUUUCCCGUGGGCAGCCCAGCAGCGGAAAAGGCACCUGGAAGGCGAGCCAACAAUGCCGACGAUUCGCACUCACAGCUUUUCAUGGAAAUGCUUUCAGAUUUGGCCCGCGAAAUUGAGGAUUUCUGA